CUCUCCUCCUGCUCGACUUCAGGCAGCAGCGCGUCUGUUCCGGACGAAAGGGGGCGGUGGGGUGGCUGCCACGUCAUAUCAGCCGCCGCGCUCUGAUUGGCUGCCGAUUCUCACCCGACACAGCUGUGAUUGUUUUCUGCAGAGGAAGCUGCUUCCCCCCCCUGGGAAACAAGGAAGAGGAAUUCUGGGUACAUUAUUUGUCGUGGCGCGGAUAACCAGGAGUGGAGGUUUCUAUUUUGACCAGACACUGAACGCGUCUGGAGAUCAAGCCCAGAAGUGCCAAAUGCCCAGACUGGAGGACCACUGCUGGAGCUGCUCCUGUGCGUCAAGGGUCGAGACUAAGCACUCAUCUGGAGCGAACUGGUUGGCAUCUAAAGCCGAAGAAAUGAUGUCCAUCAUCACCUCGGUGCUCAGCAAUGCGUACGGCUCUCUGCACGACGUCCGGACGGCCAACCUCAUCCGCAGGGGUCUGGUCCUGUUCACCGUGGGAGCGUUUCUCGCCCUGGUGCUCAACCUGCUGCAGAUCCAAAGAAACGUCACCCUGUUCCCGGAGGAGGUGAUGACAACUUUGUUCUCGUCUGCCUGGUGGAUCCCCCCGUGUUGUGGCACAGGAGCCGCUGUGGUCGGCCUGCUGUAUCCGUGCCUCGACAGCCACCUGGGAGAGCCGCACAAGUUCAAGAGGGAGUGGGCGAGCGUCAUGAGGUGCAUCGCCGUGUUCGUCGGCAUCAACCACGCCAGUGUUAAACUCGACUUCGACAACAACGUGCAGCUGUCCCUCACGCUGGCCGCCUUGUCCCUGGGCCUGUGGUGGACGUUCGACCGGUCCAGGAGCGGCUUCGGCUUGGGGAUCACCACCGCCUUCUUAGCGACCGUGAUCACACAGCUGCUGGUCUACAACGGAGUCUACCAGUACACGUCUCCAGACUUCCUGUACGUCCGCUCGUGGCUCCCGUGCAUAUUCUUCUCAGGAGGCGUCACCGUGGGGAACAUCGGACGACAGCUCGCCAUGGGCGGAGUUGAGAAACCUCACAUGGACUGAACAUGUAUCAGGACAGAUCAUGUAAAAAAAAAAAAGGACAAGUUAUGUGAAGAAGGAGAAGAGUGACAGGAGAAAAAAAGACUCAUUGUUUGGACUUCAUCCUUUGUUCUCAUGAGAAAGUGCGGCUCUGAAGAAGCCCCCUCAUCUAACGUGCCAUGUCCUCGUCUGCACCUCCUCGUGGCCAAACGACCUCCUGUUCUCCUCCAAUAGCAUUAAGGCUUCCUUCAUCCCUAGAAACUGGAGGACAGUGUUCUUGCCUUCUUUGGUUUCUUUUGAAGUGAACUGUUUUGAUUCAUGCUGGAAGUUUGCAUCUUUGAUGGGAAGGCUGCGAGCGUGAUGAAGUGUGAAUGUAUCCCCGAUCGAUGGUCGAAACGACGAGAGGAAGGUGCUUUAAAUUUCUUUCAUGUUUUUGCCCAAAUGUGAUCAUAAAAAGGGAAAAUAAUAAUGCACAAAACUGUCUUUGCUUUUCACAUAGAGAUGUAUUCAGUGGCCUCGGCUGCGUCGCUGAAGCGCAGGGAAGAUGUUUGUUCCUCUUCGUACCAAAUUUAGUAUUUAUUUAGUAACGUUUAUACGAACCCCCGAAACCAAAUGUAUCACGUGAUGGACGAUGAAUGACGCUUCCUUUUGGUGAAGAAGUAGAGAUUAGGCUGAGAGAGGAGAAGAUUCUGUAUGGUAAUUAUGUAGCGGGUUAGCUUAGCAUAAAGGCUGGAAACAGGAGACGGGUGUGGAAGGUAUCACAAUCCACCUGCUGGCCUCUUUAACGGCGGCUAAUUAAUCCAUUACAGCGCGUCUGUUUGAUUCAAACUGGAGAAGGAGAGCUAGCGGCUAGCAGUAUUGAGUGCUACGUUGAAGUGCUCCUUCGUUGACAGCUGUAUCGUAAAUGUGCGAGCGACAGCUAGCUUUAAUAACAGCGAGAAAUGCUAAGAAGUCGGCUCACUCAACAUGCACCUUGAUCGCUCAAUUCAGACUGUAAAUGCUAACCCGACUAGUGCUGGCUGCAUGUUUACCAUACAGACAUGAGUGGUGCUGCAGAGGAAUGUAAAGAAGAUCUGCAGGAAAUGUGUACAAGAGUGCCAAACCAAGUUGAACUGGAUUACCGUAAAACUUCUAAUAACAGCUCCGGCUUUUAUUGCCUUCAGUCCAGGAAAAGGAGCCCGCCUUCCUUUGGGACAGGCGUCGAUACGAUGCGGGCUUUUAGUUAUUUUUAAACACGACUCGUGCACAGCAAAGAUGGGAAAGAAUAUUAACCUGUGCACAGAUUCAGUUAAAAAUCUCUGAGUUGAUGUUGAUUAAUUUAGACGGUACAGCGACCUGCUACCGGGUACAGAUACCAGCGUCAUUCUGUCUUUGUUGGACGGAUGUUUUUGUGUUUUUCUGAAUUUUCUCCUUAUUUUUAAUCAGCACAGAGGCGUCUUAUCAAGAGCUGCCUUUUGUUGUCUUCAACAAUCAGCUGCACAUGGCUGCUAAAAGGGGCGGGGCCUUUAAAUUGAGAUGAGCUUUUAUUUGAAGUUUUACGGUAAUAUUCCCGUUUAUUUUCCUGAAUAAGAAUGAGUUGUAUUUACCUGUGAGUGGUGUCGUGUUCACAGCUUUUCUGUUUUGAGGAACUAGUGCAGUAGGUACAUUGUUUUGGUCUGAUCUGGAAGGUUCACAGUGACAGAUGAGAGUAUUGUUUAGCAGGAAAGGGGAGACGUACCACCUCAAAGCAUUAGCCCGGGUGCCAGCGGUGUGCAUACUUGGUAUUAUUUUCCUGUCAGGGCCGACGGACGUCACCGCAGUGGAUGGUUUUUUCUGAUUGUAAGAGGAGAAUACCGUCUUCAAACACUCUUCCCCCUUUGUGACCAGCUGUUUUAAAGUCUUGUUUCUCCAAUCAAGACAAAUGUUUGACUGUGUGAGGUACACAUCGCUCAUUUCAGACAUUACUUUGUGACGCUUAGAGGAGGGGACGAGGACAUUAUUAAGAUUUGCAAUCUGUGAUUGCCUUUGUAUUUUAGAAUGUAGUGCUUUUGUCACUAUAACAGUUGAGUUGGAUGGUUUGUACGGACAUCGUGAAAUGACUGCUUGUAUGUAUAAUGCUUUGCCUUUGUAAUCACACAGGUGUUAUUAUUAUUACCAUCCUAGACUUACAGUAUGUUAGCGUUUCGGGGGUCUAGAGGAUUAAGUGCAAUCAGAGUAUACACGAGCCGAUUCUUCUUCUUUAUUUAUUAUUUCUGACAAAAAGGCUAAAACAACUACAUGGCCUGUCUGUGUGAGUUUGUGCAGUGUGGAUACGCGAGAGAGAAAAAAGCAAUAACAUCUUCGAUUUCUGUGAAUAAGAGAUUAAUUGCCUUCAGAGUCAACGGCGGCUCUCAGCAGAGAGACGUCAUAAAAAAAUAAACUGUGUCAAAGUGUUUAUAUAUAAAAAAA